AUGGAGAGAUAUCGUUUGGCGGAGAAGCCGAGGGAGGAGCCGCCGAGGGCGGUGCUGCCGGCGGCGAAGGCGGUGCUGCCGGCGGCGAAGGCGGUGCUGGAGGUGCGGAAGGUGGUGCUGGCGCUGGCGAAGGAGGCGCUGGAGCUGGAGAAGGUGGUGCGGGAGCUGGAGAGGGAGGAGCUGGAGCUGGAGAGGGAGCAGCAGGCGGAGCAGAGGCAAGCAGCAUUCCGGCUGCUCAAGACAUUUCGGCUUUGCAAGGAAUGGGCAAGCAGCGACUCCCCAAAGCUCGAUCAUAAGCACGUUCAGGACCAGCUUUGA